AUGAACUUCAGUACACCUAACAAUAAACCCAACCAACCUUUUGGUGGAUUUGGUAACAACACCCAGAAUGCUGGUACCGGCCAAGGUGGAUUUGGUUUUGGAGCCAAUCAAAGUAAUAAUACUCAAUCUGGUUUCGGUUUUGGUAAUAACAACAACAACAACAAUAACGCAUCUACCAAUGCAUUCGGUAAUGCUGCAAAUGGAAACAGUGGUAGUGCUUUUGGUGCUCCAGCUAAUGCUAACGCAGGAAGUGCAUUUGGUAAUUCUACAAACAAUAAUACCACCAGCGCAUUUGGGGGAAACACAAACAAUACCAGUAAUAAUACAUUUGGGGCAACUUCAAACAGUAAUACCACCAAUGCAUUCGGCUCUGCACCAGCUACAAACACAGGUAGUACAUUUGGAGCCCCAGCCAAUAAUACUGCUGGUGGUAUGUUUGGUAAUACUGCUCCUAAAACAGGUAGUCUCUUCGGCGGAGCAAACAAUAAUACCACAAGUGCAUUUGGGAAUGCUCCAAACAAUACAGGUGGCAAUACAUUUGGUUCAACUAAUACAGCCAAUACUACAGGAACAAAGCCAACUUUUGGUGGGUUUGGUGGUGCCGCUGCUGCUGCCAAUACAACAACUCCAACAUUUGGUGGAUUUGGUAGCAACACAAAUACAACUGCCUCUACAACUCAACCUGCGUUUGGUGCAACUACUGGUAUUCCUACAACUACUGCGCCAGGUUCUCAAAAUGCUACUAUAUUUGGCGGCCAACAGGCAACAACAGGCAACGCUGCCACACCAAGUGCCCCAUUUGGAUCAGUAGCAGCCAAUACAAAUACUGCAAGCACGGCUAGUACUGUAAAUCCAACAUUUGGUGGGUUUGGUUCAGCUGCAUCAGGUUCAACUUCAGCUCCAACGGGGACAGCCGCCACCAAGCCAACUUUUGGUGGAUUUGGUUCUGCUACUAAUAGUGCUUCUGCCUCAACUACAUCUUUACCUGGUUCAGCUAGUGCAGCUGCCGCCAAACCUGCUUUUGGUGGUUUUGGUGCCGCACAAACUGGGACUGCUCCUGCACCAUCAAUGUUCGGAAACUCCACACCGGCUGCCUCAGCUAGUGGGGCAACUACUCCUGGAGCAGUUGGUGCUACUACCAAGCCUAGUUUUGGAGGUUUCGGAGCUAAACCAGCUGAUUCUACAUCUUCCGGAAAACCAGCUGGCUUUUCCUUCGGUGCAAAUGCAUCAACCACAGCUAAAGAUUCUGGUUCAACUGAAGCUCCAAAACCCACAUUUUCAUUAAAUUCUACUAGUACAGCAGCAACUACCGAGGCGAAAAAAGAUGAGACUCCAAAACCAUCAUUCAAUAUCGGUACUAAUAAAGAUAACGCCAAUGAGGCUACUAAGCCAGCAGGAUUUUCAUUUGGUGGAGCCACUGCAGCAGGUAAAACAGACGCAAUCAAACCAACUUUAGGUUUCGGUGCAAGUGGGUCAACUGCUGCUGAUGCUGCAACCAAACCAUCUGGGUUCUCAUUCGGGGCCAGCACAAUUUCUGCGACUAAACCAGAAGAUAAGAAAGACGGCACAACUGUUCCAAAACCAGCUUUCUCUUUUGGAGGUGCUGCCGCUACGACUAAACCUGAAGACAAGAAAGAAUCAGCAGCUAUAGCUUCAAAGCCAGCUUUUUCAUUCGGUGGAUCAGCAACUACUACUGCUUCAUCUACUGCUGGAACAAAAUCUACUGAGACUACCAAGCCUGCUUUCUCCUUUGGAGGUUCCAACUCUGAUCAUACAGAGACAAAGAAGGAUGAAAUCACAGCAAACGCUAGUAAACCGGCAUUUUCAUUUGGCACUACUGCAACAGCUACAAAGAAGGACGAAAACAAAACAGACACAACAGCUAAACCAAGUGGGUUUUCAUUUGGUGCUGCAACUGCUAAACCAACUGAGAAGAAAGACGAAGCCGCAAAGCCUGCUACUGCAGCUGGUUUAGGAUCAUUCAGUUUUGGUUCUAAAAAACCUGAAACUGAUAAAGCCACGGAAGGUGCCACCACAACAGAUGCAAAGGCAACCACUAGUGCCGGUUUUUCAUUUGGUUCAAAGAAGGAUGAAAAACCAUCUACUGCUGCUACUACCGCCGGUACUGCUAGUGCAGAUGUCAAAUCUUCAACAAAUGCUGCCGCUGCUCCAACUUUGACUAAGAAGAAUGUUGAAUUGAAACCAAUUUCAUUAGAUAACAAAACUUUAGAUGACCUUGUAACGAGGUGGACUAAUCAAUUGACCAGUUCCGCUGUUCAUUUUGACAAGUACACCAAGAAAGUUAAUGAAUGGGAUCAAGUUCUUGUAAAGAGUGGUGAGGAUAUUAAUAAAUUGUAUAAUGAUACAUUAGUUGCGGAACAAACACAAAACAGAAUUGACCAAUCGUUACAAUAUAUCGAAAGACAACAAACAGAACUGGAAAACUUUUUAGAUAACUAUGAAUCAAAGACAGAUUCGUUACUUGUUGAUAUAUUAAAUACUAAUAAUGGUAGCAGUGCUAAUAAUAAUGAUCAAAAGAGACAACAAGCAUAUGAAACGGCAGAAAAAUUGGAUGAAAAUUUGAAUGGUCUAUCUAUGAACUUAUCCUCUCUUAUAAGCGAAAUUAAUGAGAUAAGUAAUACUUUCAAUAAAGUUACUAGUAUAAAUUUAAACAAUCAAGAUGAAAAUGCUCAAAUUGUGCAAUUAUUGAAUACACAUUUAGAUGCCCUUAAAUCUUUGGAUAACAAUUCUUCUGCUCUGGAACAAAAAAUUGGAGGUAUUGAGACUAACAAGCUAUAA